GGGAGUAUAGGGGAAAUUCGAGACAACUAAACGACAAAAUAUCAGGAAGACCAUGUUGGAUGUACAGUGUCAACGAAACAUGUAACCAGACAUCGAAAUGGACCCCCGGCGCUGUGCCCAGGACGUCCUACUGUGUGACUCCUGUGAAACUAUCCCCCUGCAGAACCAUUGUGAAUUUUGUAAUAUAAAUCUUUGUGAUAAUUGUGUCGCCAAACAUCUCUCAGAUUCCCCUAAAAGACACAAUGUAGUACCCUAUUUACUCAGGAAGUCUAUUCCUAACAAUCCAAAAUAUAAAAUGCAUAGCAAAAAGCACUGUGAACUUUGCAGCGAAAUAUGUGAUAUUCCUCUUGGUGGUACCGGCAUUUCUGAUCAACACAAAGAUCACGACACAUCAAAUGUUCUGCAAAAAUUCAGCUCUAAAACAAAAUAUUUGCAAGGAGAUUUUGAAAAAUCACAGAUAACCAUAGUUUCUUCCCGACAUGAUGAACGUACGCAUGCCACCUUUGAUCAAACCAUGAAAGCCAAAUUGGAAACAGUUUACAAGAAACUGGCAGUAGCUGCCACUCAACUGGGAGACUACACAAUGAAGACAUCAGAAAUUGCAUCUUCAUAUCCAGUGAAGCCAAUGCUUGAUGAACCGCGACUCAUCGCCACCAUAGACACUAAGUAUAAUAUAUACAGUAUUAUCUGUCUCAGUGAUGAAGACGUAUGGACAUGUGGAAUAAAUGAAAUAAUGAAACUCCACAACCUCCACGGCAAACUACUGAAAUCAAUCCAAACCAAGUCAGAGAACAUGCCAGGGGACAUAUCUGUGACACGGGAUGGACAUCUUGUUUAUACUGACACUGGAUCAAGAACUGUAGAUAUAGUAACGAAUAAACAGAUACAGACCAUAAUCAGACUAAAGGGAUGGAGACCUCGUAAUCUCUGCAGUACCUCAUCUGAUGACCUCCUGGUUACCAUGUACAGUGAUGAUUACACACAAUUCAAAGUUGUCCGUUUCUCCGGCUCCAAACAAACACACACCAUUCAGUUUGAUGAUCAGGGUCGACCUCUCUAUUUCGCUGGUCGACAUAGUAACAAUACAAACAUCAGUGAGAACAGGAAUAUGGAUAUCUGUGUAGCCGAUUCUGAUGCUAGAGAAUUAGUGGUGGUCAAUCAGUCAGGAAAACUCCGAUUUAGAUACACUGGUCACCCUUCUAAUACCAAGCAAUCAUUUACUCCAGUCGGCAUCACUACAGACAGCCAGAGUCACAUCCUGACAGCAGACUGUUUCAACCACCGCAUCCACGUCCUGGAUCAGUACGGACAGUUUCUACGUUACAUUCAGAACUGUGAUUUACACGCUCCAUGGGGUUUGUGUUUGGACACCAGCGACAACCUCUUAAUAGCAGAGCAUUGGACUGGUAAAGUCAAGAAAAUCCAGUACCUAUUAACUCUGUCUUAAGUCAGCUAUCAACACUGUGUGAAUUACAAAUGUAUUGGUGAUAUGUAUAUAACGUGGUUUUUUAAAAAUACAUUACAUGUGUGGCUGUUUAUUUCUUUGUGUUGAACAGCUUAUUAAACAUUGUAUUUUGUCA